UCCCUCGGUGUUUGGAUUCGAACGCGCGGGGCGGCGGCGCAGGCGCGGUGCGCGGAGCGCGGCGCUGCCCCCCAGCGGCGGGGCGCGGCAUGGCGGGCGAGGACGCGGCCGGGGCCGAGCCGGGUCCCGCGGGGGGCGCCGCCGCUCCCCCGUCCCCGCCGGGCGAGGACAGCGAGACCCGGCAGCGCUACGAGGAGCUAUGCAGGAGCCUCAACAUGGACGAGCGCGCCCGCGCCGAGGCCUGGCUGAGCUACCAGAGCAUGAGGCGCAACUACACCCUGGAGGGAAAUGACAUGCAUUGGCUGGCUUGUGCCUUGUACGUGGCUUGCAGGAAAGCGAUUCCGACUGUGAGCAGGGGAACAGCAGAAGGAAAUUAUGUAUCCUUAACCAGAAUCCUGCGCUGUUCAGACCAAAGCUUGAUCGAGUUUUUUAACAAGAUGAAGAAGUGGGAAGACAUGGCAAAUCUUCCAUCCCAGUUCAGAGAGCGAACUGAGAGACUGGAGAGGAACUUCACCGUUUCUGCAGUCAUUUUUAAGAAGUAUGAGCCCAUUUUUCAGGACAUUUUCAGGUAUCCUCAAGAAGAUCAACCUCGUCAGCAGAGAGGCCGGAAACAGAGACGACAACCAUGUACUGUGACCGAAGUUUUCCAGUUUUGUUGGGUCCUGUUUGUCCAUGCAAAAGGAAAUUUUCCUAUGAUCAGUGAUGACUUGGUCAAUUCCUACCAUCUCUUGUUAUGUGCUUUGGAUCUCGUGUAUGGAAAUGCUCUGCAGUGUCCUAACCGUAAAGAACUCCUGAAUCCUAAUUUUAAGGGUCUACCUGAAGACUUCCAUAGUAAGGAUUAUAAAGUAUCAUCUGAUCCUCCCUGCAUCAUUGAAAAACUGUGCUCUUUACAUUAUGGAUUAGUUUUAGAAGCAAAAGGUAUAAAGGAACAUUUUUGGAAGCCGUAUAUUCGGAAGCUUUUUGACAAAAAGCUUUUGAAAGGAAAAGAUGAGAACCUGACGGGAUUUCUAGAUCCUGGGAACUUUGGAGACAGCGUCAAAGCCAUCAACAAGGCCUAUGAGGAGUACGUUCUGUCAGUGGGAAACCUCGAUGAGCGAAUAUUCCUUGGCGAGGAUGCGGAUGAAGAGAUUGGAACUCUCACGAGGUGCUUGAACACACCUUCAGGACUGGAAACAGCUGAGAGGGUACAAGUGAAGCAUAAUUUGCAGCAGCAUUUUGACAGGUCCAAAUCACUGAGGAUCACAACCCCCCUUACUGGCCGCAAGUAUAUUAAAGAGAGCAACCCAUACGUGACACCUGUUUCCAUAGCAACCUACAGCCUGAGCCGCCUGCACACGAUGCUGGCAGGGCUAAAAAAUGCCCCCAGUGAAAAUCUGGAGCAAAUACUCAGGUCAUGCUCCAGAGAUCCUUCUCAAUCCAUUGCAAACAGAGUUAAAGAAAUGCAUGAUGUGUACUGUCAGAGCACUCAGUCUGAAGGAGAAUUCAGUAAUUUUUCCAAAGAUGUUGCUAGUAAACAUUUUCGCCUUGCUGAGGUGCUCUACUACAAAGUCUUGGAGUCAGUCAUUGAGCAAGAGAGGAAGAGGCUGGGAGACACUGACUUAUCUGCAAUACUGGAGCAAGAUGUGUUUCACAGGUCUCUGCUGGCAUGUUGCCUGGAGAUCAUUACCUUUACGUACAACCCACCUGGAAACUUCCCUUUCGUCACUGAAAUAUUUGACAUUCCAGUUUAUCAUUUUUACAAGGUAAUUGAGGUUUUCAUCAGAGCAGAGGAUGGCCUUUGUCGGGAAGUGGUAAAACACCUGAACCACAUUGAAGAGCAGAUCCUGGAGAGUAUGGCAUGGAAACAGGGAUCUGUACUGUGGGACAGGAUCAGAGAGAAUGAAAACAAAGUUCCUACUUGUGAAGAGGUAAUGCCUCCUCAGUACUUUGAGAGAUCUGCUGGGAGCAGUGUUGUGGGCUCACCAUUGACACCACGGCGAAUAAAUGAGGUUCGUGCUGAAAGCGGAGGGCUGGGAAAAGGCCUCUCCUCCCCUCCAGCCAGCCUGUAUGACAGGUACAGCUCUCCCACAGCCAACCCCACGCGGCGGCGCCUGUUCGCUGACAAUGACGGUGCCCCUGAGGGUGGCACGGCCGUCAGGGUGCCCCCACAGCCCGUGGUGAGCACGGUGCCAGUGCAGAACAUGAGCCCUGAGGCUGUGUCCGUGACCCCUGUGCCUGGCCAGACCCUGGUGACAGUGGCAACGGCCACCGUGACAGCCAACAACGGGCAGACGGUGACAAUACCUGUGCAAGGUAUUGCCAAUGAAAAUGGAGGAAUAACUUUCUUCCCAGUCCAGGUAAAUGUAGGUGCCCAGCCCCAGGCUGUGUCUGGGCCCAUGCAGCCUCUGAGUGCCCAGACUCUGGCUGGCACCCUGAACCCUCAGAUGGCUGGAGCAGCACUGCAGCUGCCAGGCCAGCUAACAGUGCAGCAGAUCUCCCCUGGAGAGCAGAGACAGACCCAGCACCUCAAUGCCACAGCCGUCAGGCCUCGCAAGAUGGGCUCACUUGCACUCUUCUUCAGAAAGGUGUAUCACUUGGCCAGUGUUCGUCUGAGAGACCUCUGUGCCAAACUGGAUGUGUCCGAUGAGCUGCGCAAAAAGAUCUGGACUUGCUUUGAGUACUCCUUGGUGCACUGCCCUGAAAUCAUGAUGGACAGACACCUGGAUCAGCUGCUGAUGUGUGCCAUCUAUGUCAUGACUAAGGUCACUAAUGAAGACAGAUCAUUCCAGAACAUCAUGCGCUGCUACCGGACACAGCCGCAAGCCAAGAGUCACGUCUAUCGCAGUGUCCUCAUCAAGGGCCGCCGCCGCCGCCACUCGGGCAGCAGUGACAGCAGCAGCCAGCAGAACUCCCCCACAGACAGGAGCAAGGACAGGAACAAAGAAAGGAGCAGCCGUGACUCCAGCCCGGUGAUGCGCUCCAGCAGCACCCUGCCUGUGCCCCAGCCCUCCAGCGCGCCCCCGACCCCCACGCGCCUCUCCGGCCCCAACAGCGACACCGAGGAGGAGGAGCGCGGGGACCUCAUCCAGUUCUACAACAAUGUCUACAUCGAGCAGAUCAAGGACUUUGCCCUCAAGUACACUUCAAAUGCAACAGACUCCCCCCCGCUCUCGCCGUACCCGUUCGUCCGCCUCGGCUCCCCCCGCAGAGUGCAGCUCUCCCAGCACCACCCCCUGUACAUCUCGCCACACAGAAACGAGUCUGCCCUCUCUCCCCAAGAGAAAAUAUUCUACUACUUCAGCAGCAGCCCCUCGAAGAGGCUAAAGGAAAUCAACAGCAUGGUUCGAACUGGAGAAACGCCCACAAAGAAGAGAGGCAUCCUCUUGGAAGAUGGAACCGAAGCCCCAGCCAAGCGAAUCUGCCAGGAGAAUCACACAGCUCUGUUAAGACGACUCCAGGACGUAGCAAAUGACCGAGGGUCCCACUGAGCCUGCACAGCUCCUCCCUCCCUGCCUGUGCUGAGCCUGGGCCAGGGCAUGAGGGAGGAGAGCUCUGGGGACAGGCAGGAUCCACCUCAGACCUGCAACACAACCCCAGGCCCUGCUUAACCUCUUCAGAAGGCAAGUGACCCCUCCCCAGCCUUGCCUGGAGAACACAUCCCUAACCCAGCCGUGGACCUUGCAGCAGGUAUUUACAGCUUUGCUUUGCUCUAGUCAGUGCUUCACCCUUGUCAGCUGUGGCCAGACAGGUCCAGGUGCCUCAGCAUGGAGCCCUGCACCAAGGCACCCACAGACAGUGUCAGGGUUCCUCACUAACCCCCUCACAAACUAACAGCUUAGGGGUAACAUUCUCACACAGUCCAGUUCUUCUUGCAAAGAGACAAGGGGCACAUUUUGAGCCCUGCAGGAAGGUGGAUGGAUGGACUCUGUCCAGAUUCAGGAUGUUCCAUGUACCUUUGAGAAGCAGCACGGUGUUGAGCUUUAAUGUGUGGUCCUUUGCUGUACCAAGGGAGGUGAUUGUGUUGAUUGGUUUGAGCUGUGCAAUGUUUGAAAGUGAACUCAUGUUCCCAAGGUGACACUUGGGAUGGGGCUGUGAAGCAUCAUGUUUAGAGCAGAUGAAUUUUGCUGUAUAUUUGCAAUGGCACUUUCUAAAUGUGAAUAGUUUUUUCAAAGGCCAACUUCAGCUGUCUUUCUGUACUGAAACAAUUUGACUUUUGUAUUUAUUUCAAUCUGACAUCCCAUUGCUCCUCUUGUCAGCAAAUGGCAUUAAGAAUUCAUUGUAACUCAGCAUAUAUGCAGCAAUGAAUGCAGGAAGCCAGGGAUGUGUGCUUUUUUUCAAGGAAUUUUAUAUACUCGUUGCUUUUCUUGAUAGUCAGGCACUGAAGUCCUUGCUCACUCAGCAGCAGGAACCUGGUGCCCAUCUCUUAAAACAUACACUUAAAUAUUUUGUUGGUUUAAAGGACAGGGCUUGGCAGAUUGCUUUUGUGUUUUGGUUUUUGUAAAAAGCCUGAACCAGGCUGCCUGGGAGAAAUCCCUCCCCUCCUACCACAAUCAGCAGGUGCUGCACAUAAACUUAUCACUUGCUUUCAUUUAAAAUAGGUCCAAAAUACCAGACUUGUUAGGAAAGCAUCCACCCUCUCCCACAGUACAGGAUGCCAGUCCUCUGCUGGGGAGGGGAUGUUCUUCAUGUAAAAUGUGGCACUCUCAGGUUGCAGAAGGCUUUCUGAGGCAGCAAAAGCUAAAAGCCCUGUUUUCAGUCAUUCCUGCCCAUCUGAAGAAUAGGAAAAUAUAAGACUUAACUCCACUAUAAAUUCAGCUAAAGUAAAAUAAAACCAUGUUUUUCUUACCUUCAUAACAAAAGCUGAAGUCCAGAAGUUGUGUAGAUGUUUCUGUAAAAAUAUUUAUGGAAGUGUCAGACAAUUCUUGUUGUUACUAUGUUCCAUUAACUUCACUUUGUAUGAAAAUAUUGCAAUUGUAUUUUUCAAUAAAGACUUUAUAGACUCUCA